AUGCCUGUACUCAAAGGUGAAAAUCCAAGCCCCAAAGAGGGAGUGAAGGUGGUUGGAUGUGAUGAGAAAGCUACAAAUUCAGAUCCUGCCGAUAUAUCUCAACAACUUGAAAAUUUGAAGGUUGAAGAUGCUUCUAUUAGUUCUACAGGGUGCAGGGAAUUUUCUUCUGACAGAGAGAUUGGGGCUAAUGAAAAGACUGCUUCAACAAAUGAAGGUUCUUGUAAUAAGCUACCAGCAAGAUCACAGUUAUAUGAGAUAUGUGUUGCAAAAAAAUGGAAGCUCCCUUUGUAUGAGUGCUGCAAAGAGGAAGGACCACCCCACACGAGAAUGUUCACCUACAAGGUUAUUGUUGAGAUAGAAGAAACUGAAAAGACAGUUUUGGAAUGCUUUGGCGCUCCUCGUUCGAAAAAGAAAUCAGCAGCAGAGCACGCGGCUGAAGCAGCGUUAUGGUACUUGAAGAAUAUUGGUUAUGACUCAAUGGAUCGGUGA